AUGUAUAGUUGUAAAGAUUACUUAAAAUAUCAUCAAAUACAAUCCAAUAAUGAUUUACGUAUAAAACUUGAACGUGAAUUAUCUCAAAAAGUACGUCAAGCUGUAAAAACUCCACCACGUGAACGUAUUAUUCGUAGACGUUUAAAUGAAUUUCAUUAUGAAAUAAAUAAACGUUUAAAAAAUGAAGAAAAGAAAAAACAACUUGUUAUACAAAUGAAUGAUAAAUUAAAUUUCAAUAUAACAACAAAUACUACUAAUACAAAUAUAAGUAGUUUAAAUAAUAUGAAUAAUAUAAAUGUAAUGGAUUUACGUAUGCAUCCAGAAUCAUAUAAUCAACAUUUAAAUUGGUCUAAAAAAUCUAAUAUAAACAUGAAUAGUCAAAGUAUAUUAUGGAAUAAAAAAUCUGGAUUAUCAAAGAAAGAGAUAAACAAUUUAACAUUUGUACCUGUUACCGAAAAUAAUCAUGAAAAUAGUUACUAUGAUAAUCAAAUUUCUUUAGAUAGUAAUGAAGUGCAUAAGAAUGAAGAUACAUCUGAUAGUAAUCAAUCAUCAUUAUACUACUUAAAUAACAAUUCUAUUAAAUCCUAUUUACAUAAUCAUCAUUCGUUUAAUAAACCACUCAAUAAUGAUUCAUUUAUUAAUUGUAUAUCAAAUAAUACUACUUAUUCAAAAUAUCUAAUACAUAAAUUACAUAAUUAUAAAAAUACCAUUGUAAACUUAAAACAAUCCUUAUUACCUAUUUCAUCCAUUCAUCAUCCAUCAACUUUUAAUUAUUUAGAAUAUAAUGAUGAAUAUGAUCAAUUAUUAAAUGAUACAUUUACAUUUGAUUGGAAUAUAAAUGAAUCAAUUGUUGAUCGGGAUCAAUCUAUUAAUAAUGAUCAUAAUGAUGAUCAUCAUGAUGAUGAUGAUGAUCUGGAUCAUACUAUAACUAAUCAUAUACAUAAUUAUUAUCAAAUGAGAUCUAGUUAUUUAACUAAUGAAGAUAUACAAUUAAUACAUAAAUAUUAUGAGAAAUUAUAUAAGAAUAAAAAGAUAUUAGAUAAAAUGAAUAGAAAUUUGGUAAAGAAUCAUUUAUGUACACGUCAAUCGAUUAUGGAAAAAUUUGAACGAUUAACUGAUGGUGAAAAACAAUUGUUUUAUUUCAGUGGUACUAGAGCAGCUUAUCUAAUGGCUACAAUUCAAUCUCAAUAUAAAUUACCUGAUGGUACACAAUAUCGUUUAAUGAAUCAAUCAACUAAUAAACCAUUAGAUUAUGUAAUAAUCAAUAAUUCAUUUAUCGAUCAAACGACAAAUGAUUCUUCUUCUUCUAAAGUUGAUAAUUUUAAUAAUGAUAAUACCCAGACAACAAAUUGUUCAUUCAAUACACUUCCUACAUUGAUUGAUUGGAAUGCAGUUGUUCGUGAUAGACAUGGACCAUUUUGGCCACAAAAUUAUGGACCUAUCUGUCAAACAUUAUCUAAUUUACAUAUAGAAACAAACAAUUCGAAUGAUCUUAAUGUUAAUAAACCAACCAUUCCUGAUUACACUGAAGAGAUUAAUCAACUAAAAAACAAGCAACCUUAUUUCAAAGAAAUACGAGUUAUUUUCGAUUCAGAAUGUAGUCCUUGUCUAUCAGGAACAUUGAGUACAUCAAUAUCAUCUCCCUUGGAUAUAAAACAAUUAGUUAAAGAGUUAACCAACGUUCAACAAUGGACACCACCAUGUUUAGUCUUUGAAUCGAGAUUUGAAUCAGGAAAUCUACGGCAAGUUAGACGAAUAGGACCAUUUCAUUAUGAAUUAUUAUUAAAACCGGAUCUCUAUACAAAACGUCAUGUACAAUGGUAUUUUUUUCGUGUACAAAAUAUACUUCCUGGUUUUAUUUAUACAUUUCUAAUUGUAAAUUUUACAAAACCAACAAGUUUAUAUUCACAAGGUUUACAACCUUUAUUGUAUUCAAAAAUGAAUUAUCAACAAAAUGGUAAGAAAUGGAUACGUGUUGGAAGAAAUAUCAAAUAUACACGUAAUACAAUGAAUUUAUCCAAUCAUUUACUUGAUACAAAUAGUGAAUAUUAUCAAUUGGAAUGGGAAAUGGAAUUUCCUUAUGCCAAUGAUAUUUGUUAUUUGGCCUAUUCCUAUCCGUACACCUAUACAAAUUUAAAAUUUGAUUUGAAUGAAUUACUUAUUAAAUCAAAUGAAAAUGAAACAUUGAAUAAAACGAUUAAUUGUGAAGUAUUAUGUCAAACUAGAGCUGCCAUACCAAAUAAAGAUAAAUAUGCAGUUGUAAUCACUGCUCGUGUCCAUCCUGGUGAAACCAAUUCUAGUUGGAUAACUUAUGGAUUAUUGAAAUUGUUAACAAGUAAUCAAUCAAUUGUAUUAACAUUAAAAAAACAAUAUACUUUCUAUAUUAUACCAAUGUUAAAUCCUGAUGGAGUAAUUGUUGGAAACUAUAGAUGUUCACUAACAGGGAGAGACUUAAAUCGCGACUUCUUAUUUUCAUUUCCAAAUUGUCGAUUCACUGUUCAUCCAAGUAAAGAAUCUACAAGUCGAGUGGUAUUUUGGAGAGAAUUUGAAGUGAUCAAUAGUUUCACAUUAGAAGCAACAUUUAAUGGUUCAACUUUACAAAAUAAUAGUUUAAUGAAAUUUGAAGUGGACGAUUUUAUGAAAAUGGGUGAACUAUUAGGAUAUUCAUUAUAUAAAUUUUAUGAAGUAUUAUGUAAUCCAUUAAAACUUAAAGAAACUCUAAAGAACUUAGCACAACAAACGCUUACCAAUUUAUGGAUGACAAAAAUUCCAUUGACACCUGAAAAUACAAUAUCUGAAGAACAUAAAGAUAAUCUAUCAAUCUUCAAUAAGAAAUCAUAUGAUUUUGUCAAAUCACAAUUAUAUACUACUAAUAAGCAAUUCUUUCAGUCAACUAUUAAUAGUGAUCAAUUUAAUCAUAAUAAUAAUAAUAAUAAUAAUUCAAUAUUAAAUUAUUCAUUAAAUGAUCCCGAUCAAAUUGAUGAUGAUCAAAUCAAUAAUGAUCAAAUGAAUGAUUCAUUGGAACAAUUAGCUAAAGCAAUACAUGUAUUAGAAAAAUCAAUAGAAUUACAUAAUAUUGAAUUGAAUGAAAAUGAAUUAUGUAAUACAAAUGAUAAUGAUAUAAGUUGUACUUCAGAUUCAAAUUCAGAUAGUGAACCAGAAAUGACAAUCACUGAUCAAAAUUCAUUAAAUCAAUAUUACAAUUUACGUGGUGAUCUUAUUUUAACUAAUCAAAUACAAACAAUCCUAUUAGAUCAAUCAAAACAAUUGAAACAGUCUAAUAAUACUGAUGAUGACAUCACAAAAUCAUAUAAAUUGAAGAAAAGAAAAAGAAUAAGAAAAAGAAAUUACAAACACUUCAUGAUCAAUCAUAAAGAAAAAUUAAGUAGAAGGUUAUAUUAUCUUAAUAAAUAUACUGGACAAUCAAAUCAUGGUAUACCAUGUUUUGUUGAGAAAAGAUUAUUUCAUCGUUCAUGUCAGCGAAUUCGUACAGUUUGGGAAAAUAUCGACCUGACUAAUGCACAAACAAUACAUGCUCAACGAAAAUUUGUGGAACGAUUUAUAAACAAUUUAGAGACAAAAAUUUCCAAACUAAAGUCUACUGAUAAUGUAACAAAUAUUGAUGUUUUAAAAUAUUUAAAACAAAUACAUUUGGAAGCAAAACAUCAAUUACAAUUAAUUCAAAGUCAAUUAAUUGAUAAAAACCAUCCAUAUAAAUCAACAAUGAUCCAUGAAACUAUGACAACAAUAGCUAAUAAUAUUGGAAUACCAUAUCCUCCACCGUUACCAAACUUUACUACUACAGGUCAUCAUAUAAAAACACAUUCAGCAAUAAUAACUACCACUAACAACAGUACAACCAAACGAAAUAUGUCAAUAGGAGGAGGAGGAGGAGGAAGAAUUGAAAGAAAUAACAAUGAAUUAAUUCCUCGAAGUAGAUCAUGCAAUCUGUUUCUAAGGAAUAAUAAUAAUAAUAUCAAUAAUAAUGGCAAUAAUAAAAACAAUAAACUUCUUGAAUUGCCUAAAAUUAUAGAGAAAAUAUCAGAAAACAAUAUUAUGUAUCAAUCUAGAAACAAUUCUAAUAUCCCUGAUAGUAUAAACAUAAAAGUUUAGUCUAUAUCUAUACACAUAUAUCUAAUGACAUUCUUCUCAAUGAUAGGUAAAAGUGUAAGAAUAUCACCAUGGAGUUCUUUCUCCCCCCCCCCCUUUUUUUAUCUUGGUAACAUAUAAUGCUUCGAAGAAAUAC